ACACCCAAAGAAAGAAAGAAAAAAAUCAUUUUAUUUUCUUGUUCUCAAAGCCUUAUCUGUUUACACCAAACUUGUUUGUUGAUGAAUGUAUUGGGAGUGAGUAUAGAGAAUAGAGUAGGCGUGCAACCACCAAAGCAUUACAACUCAAACCCACGUGAAUCCAAUAACUCCAUUGUCUCUGACAGCCAAACUUGAGUCCGACUCUUUAGCCUAGCUAACUUCUAAACCCAAUCCAAUAUACUACUAAUAAUGCCAGCUCAAACUUCACCAUAUUAAUGCCACUAAAGCCUAAACACAAAUCUCUCUCUCUCUUUCUCUCCAUCACAUAAUUAAUAUAUUUACUCUUUUUAUAUAUUUUCCUUACCAAUUUUUUAUUAUAAUUAAUUGUCUACGUAUGAGUCGUACCAUACAUAUUAUUUGCAUUAAAAUAUAUUUGAAUCUUCACAUAAAAGCUUUGUUUGGAUGUACAAGUAGUAUCUACUUCCCAACAAUCUCUGCUGUUUUUCUUCAAGCUUCAAACUUGGUCCCAAGAGGAGGAGCAGAGCCAGAAGAAGAAGAAGGGUUAAGAAUGGGCCGGGGAGUCAGUGCUGGUGGAGGACAAAGCUCUUUGGGCUAUCUAUUUGGAAGUGGAGAGCCUGCUAAAAAAGCCCAAACCUCUCAAAACCCAGGCCCAGUUACAGUCGCAAACAAUGCAUCUCCUCAAAAACCUGUGGUUGUUGCUUCAAAGCCUAAGAUAAUUGACAAAGAAAUCCCAGCAGGAAUUCAUGGCAACACUACCAACAAUUAUUUCAGGGCUGAUGGCCAGAACUGUGGAAAUUUUAUAACAGAUCGGCCAUCUACCAAGGUUCAUGCUGCUCCAGGAGGUGGAUCAUCUUUGGGUUACCUCUUUGGUGGGGUUGGGAACUAAGUUCAUCUCCUUCCAAUUAACCCAUCAAUAAUAUGUUAUUGGCAAUAUAUUUUAGAAACCAUUUCUAAAAAGUAAAAAGAUCUUACAUGUUUUGAUCAGUGAUCUUUGUUUCUACCAUGGCCUUCUUGUGGAUUGAAAAUUUCAUAGAUACUAUAAAAUAUUGGAUGAAUUUGUACAUCUAAGUUGUGGGAUUACUAAUGUCUGUUUUGCCUUUUCUUCUUGCUCGUAAUUUUUUAUAUUCAUUUGAAGGAUUAUUUUUAUAAGUAUAUAAAAAUGGCAAAAAUUUUAGGUUUUA